AGGUGUGACUCUCAGUCCCUGGCCCUGCGAUCUCCAGACUGGGAGGCUUCUAGGGGAGGCAGACCUGAGAGUCUUCACAGUCACAGGUCUGAACUUGACCCUUCACUCCAAAUACUAUGGCUCUGGCUGGCAACCCACGAGAGGCAUUGCUCUGGGCCUUGUGUGACCUUGAGGAAAAUAACUUCAAGAUAUUUAAAUUCCACUUACGGGAUAGAACCCUGCUUACGGGCCAGGGCCUGGCCCGAGGAGAGCUGGAGGGCCUGAGUCGGGUGGAUCUGGCUUCUCGGCUGAUUCUGAUGUACGGAGCACAGGACGCUGUGAAAGUGGUGCUCAAGGUCCUGAAGGUCAUGAACCUGCUAGAACUCGUGGACAAGCUCAGUGGUAUUUGUCUAAAUGAUUACAGAGAAAUAUACCGAGAGUAUGUGCGCUGCCUAGAGGAGAGGCAAGAAGAGGGCGUCAACCACCGGUACAACCAGCUGCUCCUGGUGGCCAAGCCCAGCCCUGGGAGCCCCACCCUGGAGCAGGAGCUGAAGGUGGAAGAUCUAUUUGCUCCAAGGGAAGGGCCUGACCAAGGCCCACCCACAGUGGUGAUACAGGGGUCCGCUGGCACCGGAAAGACAACACUGGCCAGAAAAAUGGUGCUGGACUGGGCCACUGGAACCCUGUACCCAGGCCGGUUUGAUUAUGUCUUUUAUGUGAGCUGCAGAGAAGUGGUCCUUCUGCCAGAGAGCACACUGGACCAGCUCCUUAUCUGGUGCUGUGGGGACAAUAAAGCGCCUGUCGCAGAGAUUCGGAGGCAGCAGCCAGAGAGGCUCCUGUUCAUCCUGGACGGCUACGAUGAGCUGCAGCGGUCCUUUGCGGAGAGGUUGAAGAGACCAGGGCCCACUCCCAUAGAGGACAUGCUGCACCGUCUAAUUAGGAGAGAGGUGCUUCCCACAUCCUCUCUUCUCAUCACAACUCGGCCCCUGGCUUUGCGGAACCUGGAGGCCUUGCUGAAACAACCACUCCAUGUCCACAUCCUAGGCUUCUCUGACAAUGAGAGGAAGAAGUAUUUCAGAUCCUAUUUCACAGAUGAGGAGCAAAUCAAAAAUGCCACUGACAUUGUACAAGGAAGUGACGUUCUCUCCAAAGCAUGUCAGAUUCCAGGCAUUUGCUGGGUGGUCUGCUCCUGGCUGAAGGGGCAGAUGGAGAGGGGCGGAGUGCUCUCAGAGUCUCCCAGUAACAGCACUGACAUCUUCAUGGCCUACGUCUCCACCUUCCUGCCGCCCAAUGACAAUGAGGGCUGCUCCGAGCUCACCCGACGCAUGGUUCUGAGAGGUCUGUGCUCCCUGGCAGCUGAGGGGAUCCAACACCAGAGGUUCCUGUUUGAAGAAGAUGAGCUCAGGAAGCACAAUUUAGAUGGGCCCAGCCUUGCUGCUUUCCUGAGCAGCAUCGAUUACCAAGAGGGACUUAACAUCAAGAAGUUCUACAGCUUCCGCCACAUUAGCUUCCAGGAAUUUUUCCAUGCCAUGUCCUACCUGGUGAAAGAGGACCAGGGCCAACUGGGGGAAGAGUCCCUCAGAGAAGUGAACAGGCUGCUGGAUGAAAAGCAGCAGGCGGGGAGUGAAGAGAUGACCCUCAGUAUGCAGUUUUUAUUGGACAUAUCAAAAAAAGAGAGCUCCUCGAACUUUGAGCUAAAGUUCUGCUUCAAAAUUUCCCCUUUGAUUAGGCAGGAUCUGAAGAAUUUCAAAGAACUGAUGAACUCUAUAAAGCAUAACAGGACCUGGGAUUUGGAAUUCUCCCUAUAUGACUCUAAAAUAAAGAAUCUGGUAAGGAGUGUUCAGAUGAGUGAUGUAGAGUUUAGGGUGGGACAUUCAAAUGAAAGCAACUCCUGCAGCAGGAAAUCAUUUUCUGUCCAUACCAGCUUGAGUAAUAGACAGAAAGAGGAGCAAAAACGUCCAAUUGUGGACAAAAGAAAUGGAGCAGGGACACAAAAAGGCUUCUAAUGGAGAAGGCAGAAGGACAGAAGGCAGAGGAACUAGAGACAAGGAAGGUAGGAGUGGUAGGAUGGGAAGCACAGAAAUGGGGACACUAGAGCUGAAGGAGGAUGGUGGGGUGGAGGGACAGGAGCGUGGGGCAGACAGAGUAGAAAGGAAUGGAAAGAUAUGAGAUUACACUAACGGGCACUAGGAGUGGAAGGAAGCAGAUAGAAGAUCAGAAGACAAUGGCUCGAGUACAGUUAUUUAGCACCCCCAGGCCGUUUGUAACUUUCUAUAGUGUAGUCUUAUUUCAGCAGCUCCUCUUAUACUUUAGUAUCAGUAACCAAGCAUGAACGCCUCACAUUUGGA